AUGUCAUCAGAUACCGUUUCCGAUCUCUUCCCUGAACGGCCAAUCAGGCCACUGCCGAAGAGGCGAUUACGAGAGAAACUCUCGCCUGAGGUGGCCGACUCGAUCCGAUACCCGUCCUCGACAUUGAACUCGGUACCUCUGUUUCAGUAUCCUCCCUUCACCGUGAGAGAGGAGCGCGGCACUACUCGCCUAGGUUCUUUGGGCCCGGCGUCUCAAGUACACCGCGGAGACCUGACUCGGAAUUGGACCGCGCGCCGCGAUGAUGGGUAUGGCAUCUCCGGUCAUAGUGGUGAUGGUCCACGAGUAACGACUGCCGCUCGGUCAUCACCUGGCCAAGGGAAUCGGACGAACGGUCGGGCUGCACACGGUGACCAGUCUCGGCAUCCUAAACCCCAGACUUCCCUGUCUGCCACAUCUUCGGUCGAUGGCUACGACUCCUUCGAGAAUACGAAUAACAAGAAGAAGCGGAAGAUCCCCUCAGCUGGAGAUUCGGCUCUGAGUAAUGUUCACGGGUUGACAGCUGAAGUAGCUGCACAAUCAGCGCAAGUCGGCGUACCGUCAGCAGCAGACGUCAAUGUCACCGAAACGAAAGGCGGUAUCAUCUCCAAUGCCAUCGCGAAGGCUGGCAAACAUCCCCUAUCGGGACAAGAAAACGUCAGUCUUCUCGAACAGCACAAUGCAACCACCAAGCCUACGCCGGCGUCAACACAGUUCACGUUCACAUGUGACUCCCAAGUGCCUGGGUCAAUUGCAUGGCCAGGCCACACCACCAGGGGAGGAUCCAUGAAUUCGGGCCCAGUGGGCAUGAUGCCUCCGAACUCUGCAGCACCGCAGGGGAAUCAUGUGAAGCCUGCACCAAAGAAGCUGUCCCGUAAGCAACAGCGCAAACGACUCGACAGGGAGCUCAGGGAAGCGGCCCGCGAACGUCAGCGGAUAGCGGAGGAGAAGUACUGGCACAACCCCCCCAAGCCAGAAGACUUUUGGAUGUGUGAGUUUUGCGAGUAUGAACAAAUAUUUGGCGAGCCUCCCCGGGCCUUGAUAAGAGAAUACGAGCUCAAGGAUCGCCGAGCGCGCCAAGAGGAAGCCGACCGGAAGCGGCUGUUGGAGAAGGCCAAGGCAAAGGGGAGAAAGGGGAGGAAGAAUAGCAAACCCCAAGGCAAGGCUCAGCAUGCACCAAAUCAGCAGCUGGAUCGACAAGAGAUGUAUGAUCCGGAUAUACCGCCCCACCACGACGGGCAAGGGCAGUCGACGCAGUCUGAGGAGGAUUAUGAAGACGACUAUGUGGCAGAGUACGACGACUAUUCAAGGACUGGUGUGGAAGUGGACGCUGGCGGCGGCGGUGGAGGAGAAUUGCCUCCACCUCGCGCAGCGCCAAUACAACGACCUCCGGCGGCAUCAUAG